UCCCCACACUACAUACCUGCUUCACGUACACCUCUAGGAGACCAUCUCUAGAAACAUCACACAAAAUACAUAAGCCAUGAAGUUCACCACUGCUCUUGUCGGUGCGGGAGCGCUUUGCGCGAGCACAGACGCUUUCGUGCCCGCGGCGGUGCCUGCCAGCAGCAGCACGUUCGUUUCCAAACGCUCCGUCGUUGACGCCGCGGCGCCAGCGAUACUCGCGUCGCGCGGCGGCGACGUCAUGAUGAGCCUGGGAGGUGGGGGCUCCAAAAAGGGUGGACUCCCUCAGAGCGUGUCGUCGAAGAUCACCAACAUCUUCCGAGGGGGCAGCAGGAAGGGUAACUCAAACGGCGGGGGUGUAAAUGGGGGCGGCGGGAACGGCAAGGUGCCUCCGCUCGGCGCAUCUUCGUCUGCCGAGGGAGAUGGAGAGAAGAAGGCCAAGGGCCUUGGUGUCAUUUGGGCGGCAUACAUGAGCCUGCUGGCGUCGCAGCCGCUCCUCACCAAGUCGCUCACCUCCAUGACCGGCUUCGCGCUCGGGGACCUGCUCGCUCAAAAGUUCAUUGACAAGAAGGAGGAGAUUGACCUACCCCGCCUCCUCAAGUUGGCGUCGUUCGGGGCCUUGAUUCACGGAUCGAGCGGUCACUUCUUCUACAACUUCCUGGACUCCAAGAUCCCUGGCACGGCGGCCUUGACCGUCGCGAAGAAAGUGUUCAUUGACCAGGUGCUGUGGAACCCCAUCUUUGGAUGCAUGUUCUUCGGUUACAUGGGUGCCGUAGAUGGCAUGGGCCCCAGCGGUAUCUCGGAAAAGAUCAAGAACAACCUGUGGACGUCGGUGAAGGGAUCGUGGACGGUGUGGCCCGUGGCGCACGCCAUCAACUUCCGCAUGAUCCCCACCUCGCAGCGGCUGCUGUACAUCAACACUAUCCAGAUCUUUUACAACUGCUUCCUGAGCGUGAUCGCCCAGCGGGAAUAAGCUACAAAAGCCUUUGAGGAGGCGUAAGUAGUGACGAUGGGUUGGAGCGAACUGGAGGUUCCGUUCUUUUAUCAAGGGGGGGGGGGGGGGGACCUUUGCACGGCCUCUCCGAUCGGUUUAGGGGCACGUAAUUAUGGUGAGGCGGGAGUACAGGGGACUAGUGUUUUUCCCCCCCUCUGCUAAAACAGGAAGGUCCGUGGGGGUCUCGACCUGUGGAAGGUUCACCCACACUUAACCGUGGUGUAGGCCGUUUUGCUUCAGCACACGCCGUCGAUUGAAAUGGCAGCCGAACAAUUUUAAGACGAGGGUGCCCUAAGCCGCCGGCACUCUCCUCAUGUUGUUUUGUCUCUUUUUGCCCUGCUCUGUUUCAAUGCUUUUCAAUGCUAUUUUAACGCUGUGGCCCCUCGGAGGCAGCCGGUGUUCACGA